AUGGCGGCGAAGACGGCCAGAUCAAAAGCCACACCGACGAAAGAAAACGGCGUCAGAGUCGAGGAAGGCUUGAGUCUAUUCAAGUCUGAUAAAUUCGAUGCCGACGCUUAUGUGCAAUCCAAAUGUUCUAUCAACGAAAAGGAUAUAAAGCAGCUAUCAUCUUAUCUAUUGGAUUUGAAGAGAGCUUCUGCUGAAGAAAUGAGGCGAAGUGUAUAUGCUAAUUAUCCAGCCUUUAUACGCACAUCAAAAGAGAUAUCAGACUUGGAAGGGGAACUAUCAUCCAUCAGAAAUCUUCUCUCCACUCAGGCUACUCUAAUCCAUGGCUUAGCAGAUGGAGUUAACAUUGACGACGAUAAAGUUUCUGAUAAAUCUGUCGCAAAUGGCUUGUUGAGUUCUGAAGACAAGGACCUCUCUGAUCUGGAAAAAUGGGCUGCGGAGUAUCCUGACCACCUCGACGCUUUGUUAGCUGAGAGAAGGGUAGAUGAAGCUCUGGCAGCUUUUGAUGAGGGAGAGACUUUAAUAUCUCAAGCAAAUGAAAACCACACUUUAAGCUCCUCUCUGCUUUCGUCUCUUGAGUUUGCUAUUGCCCAACGCAAGCAAAAGCUAGCUGACCAACUCGCCAGAGCUGCUUGUCAACCUUCGACUCGAGGUGGGGAGCUUCGGUCAGCCAUAGCAGCUCUCAAAAGGCUUGGCGAUGGUCCUCGAGCCCAUACUGUGCUUCUUGAUGCUCAUUUCCAGAGAUAUCAGUACAACAUGCAAACUCUUCGUCCGUCUAGCACCUCGUACGGAGGGGCCUACACUGCUGCACUUUCUCAGCUUGUGUUCUCGUCUAUCUCUCAAGCUUCUAGCGACUCAUUGGGAAUCUUUGGGAGAGAGCCAGCGUAUAGCUCUGAGCUUGUGACUUGGGCUACUAAGCAAACAGAGACGUUUUCCCUUCUUGUUAAAAGGCAUGCAUUAGCUUCUUCUGCAGCAGCUGGAGGACUAAGAGCCGCCGCAGAGUGUGCACAGAUAGCCCUUGGCCAUUGUUCUUUACUGGAAGCUCGUGGUUUGUCCCUCUGCCCAGUGCUGCUAAGGCACUUUAAGCCUAUCGUGGAACAGGCACUGGAGGCGAAUCUUAAGCGAAUUGAGGAAAACACUGCAGCUAUGGCUGCUGCAGAUGAUUGGGUGCUGACAUAUCCUCCUGCUGGUAGUCGUCAUGCUAGUACAGCAUUUCAGAAUAAGCUUACAUCCAGUGCCCACCGCUUUAAUUUGAUGGUCCAGGACUUCUUUGAGGACGUAGGACCUCUUCUAAGUAUGCAGUUGGGAAGUAAAGCGCUGGAAGGUCUGUUUCGAGUGUUCAACUCAUAUGUAGAUGUGCUGGUAAGAGCUCUUCCUGGUUCGAUAGAAGAAGAAGAUGUAAAUUUCGAAGGUUUCGGUAACAAGAUUGUCCAAAUGGCUGAGACCGAGGCUCAUCAACUUGCAUUACUUGCAAAUGCAUCAUUGCUAGCAGAUGAAUUGCUUCCACGUGCUGCCAUGAAACUCGCUCCUCUUGAUCAGGCUAGUCAAAGGACAGACGAGCCAAGGAGACCUUCAGACAGACAAAAUCGUAACCCUGAACAACGAGAAUGGAAGAGGCGUUUACUUGCUACUGUUGACAAGUUAAAAGAUGCGUUUUGUCGCCAGCAUGCGUUGGAUCUCAUUUUUACCGAGGAAGGAGAUAGCCAUUUGUCUGCAGAUAUGUACAUAAACAUGGAUGAAAAUGGAGAUGAUGUGGAGUGGUUUCCAUCUUUGAUAUUCCAGGAACUUUUUGCCAAACUGAACAGGAUGGCAAGCCUAGCAGCAGAUAUGUUUGUAGGAAGAGAAAGAUUUGCUACAUCGUUGCUGAUGCGAUUAACAGAGACUGUGAUCUUAUGGCUAUCCGGAGACCAGAGCUUUUGGGAUGACAUUGAGGAAGGUCCUAAACCUUUGGGACCUCUUGGCCUACGGCAGCUGUAUUUGGACAUGAAGUUUGUGAUAUGCUUUGCAUCCCAAGGUCGUUACCUAUCGAGGAAUUUGCACAGGGGCACUAACGAGAUCAUAUCUAAAGCCUUAGCAGCUUUCACUGCAACAGGACUUGAUCCGUAUAGUGAGCUGCCAGAAGACGACUGGUUCAACGAGAUAUGUGUGGAUGCAAUGGAAAGAUUGAGCGGUAAAGCUAAAGGAAACAAUGGGGAAGUCCAUAGCCCGACUGCUUCGGUUUCAGCUCAGUCUGUUUCGUCGGCGAGAUCUCAUGGCAGCUAUUGA